AUGUCUGCCCCGGUCGCAGCUCCAGCCCCUACAGCGGGAGGCUCCAGCAAUGCUACUUUCCGAGAUAAGGAGAAGCCCAUGGCGGUGCGCUCCUCGAACAUUGUCGCCGCUAGAGCUGUCGCAGACGCCAUCAGAACCUCUCUCGGUCCCCGAGGAAUGGACAAGAUGAUUCGAGGUGGAAGGGGCGAGACCAUUAUCACAAACGAUGGAAAUACUAUGCUCAAGAGCAUGUCUGUCAUGCAUCCCACAGCAAAGAUGCUUGUCAACCUUUCUGGUGCUCAGGAUGUUGAAGCUGGCGAUGGUACAACAUCUGUUGUCGUUAUCUGUGGAAGUCUUCUUGGUGCUGCCGACCGACUUCUCUCCAAGGGCAUCCAUCCUUCCGUCAUCUCCGAGUCCUUCCAACGAGCUGCCGCUGCUGCCGUCGAGGUCUUACACGACAUGUCCCUCCCAAUCACUCUGAGCGAUACUUCCUCGUUACUGCAAGCUGCCAACACCUCUCUGUCGUCCAAGAUCGUCUCUCAAUAUUCCAAUUUGCUUGGACCCAUGGCGGUGAACUCGGUGACUAAGACCAUCGACCUCAAGACCGCCGAUAACGUCGAUCUUAAGAACAUUCGAAUUGUCAAGCGAGUUGGUGGAACAAUUGAAGACAGUGAGCUUGUUGAUGGUCUCGUCCUCACCCAGCCUGUGCUCAAGAACGCUGGUGGUCCGGCCCGUAUGGAGAAGGCUCGAAUUGGUCUCAUCCAAUUCCAGCUGAGCCCCCCCAAGCCUGAUAUGGAGAAUACUAUCCAGGUCAACGACUACCGACAGAUGGACAAGAUUGUUAAGGAGGAGCGAUUAUACCUCCUGAACAUGGCCAAGAAGAUUAAGAAGGCGAAGUGCAACGUUCUGUUCAUUCAGAAAUCUAUCUUGCGAGAUGCUGUCAACGAUCUAUCACUACACUUCCUGGCUAAGCUUGGUAUCCUUGCUAUCAAGGACAUCGAGCGCGACGAGGUCGAAUUCAUCUGCAAGUCAACUGGCUGUAAACCCAUCGCUGAUAUUGAUUCUUUCGCCGAGGAUAAGCUGGGCUAUGCGGACCUGGUUGAGGAGGUUCAGUCUUCUGGAUCGCGCAUGGUCAAGGUAACAGGCACCAAGUCUGUCGGCAAGACAGUUUCCGUGGUUGUACGAGGUGCCAACUCUCUGAUCCUUGAGGAGGCCGAGCGAAGUCUUCACGAUGCUCUUUGUGUGGUACGAUGCUUGGUGAAGAAGAAGGCUCUCAUCGCCGGUGGUGGUGCCCCUGAGAUUGAAAUUGCUGCACAACUGUCCAAGCAAGCGCGUAGCUUGACAGGCACCGAGGCAAUCUGCUGGAAGGCUUUUGCCGAUGCCCUCGAGGUGAUUCCCACCACGCUGGCCGAGAACGCUGGUCUCAACAGUAUCAAGGUGGUGACGGAGCUACGACACCGACACGAGAUGGGCGAGAAGAACGCAGGAGUCAGUAUCAAGUCGGGAGGAGUCAACACCAAUAUUUCCAAGGAGAAUGUGUUGCAGCCUCUUCUUGUUAGCACAAGCGCGAUCGAGCUGGCGGCUGAGACAGUCAAGAUGAUUCUGAGGAUAGACGACAUUGCUUUGACCCGUUAG